UUACAAUUUGGUCAGGAUAUGAAGUUACUCGGUCUUUUGGCGGCUUCUCUCUAAGCUAUGUUCCAUCUCUUCCUGGAGUCUUCCUCUCCAUUAAAUUUGUAUAGCCAGAAGAACGAUCGGUGAGAACUACUGUAUGCUUAGAUUUAUAUACAUAUCUAAAGAAACUCAGAACCGAAGUAGAAAACUCAGAGGUCGAAAACAUCCUUCCAGAUUCAAGGGUAGACUGAAAGUAUAAAAUAUUCCAUGGCUUUUAGAAAUUUUCUCUUCCGAGCUUUGAAUAACUGUACUCGGACUGUAGCUUGCCCUUAUGUACCAGGUGAUCCAUUAAUCUUGUCUGCUUCCAGCAAUGUAUUUUCUGUGUGUGAAAAAUCUCUCAUUCAAUUUAGAAAAUUUUCUGGAACAAGGAGUUUGCACACAGGAGCAUGCAAUAUCUCUGAGAGUUCUUCUAAUAAAGAUAAUACAAUCACAAAGGAAACUUCAGGAACUCUUCCUGACAUUUUGCAGAAACUUGAUUCGGAUUCAACAACUGACUCACAUGUGGACGUGUCCAAUCCAAGUGAUAAAGGAAAGUCUGUUGAAUCCAGUGUUGUCUCUGAUAUGAAGGUAUCCAAGCGACAUGAUUUAGCAAUGCUUUAUACGUGCAAAGUAUGUGAAACUCGAUCAGUAAAGACUAUGAGCAGGGAAUCAUAUGAGAAUGGCAUUGUUAUUGUCCGAUGUAGUGGAUGCAAUAAUUUGCAUCUUAUUGCUGACCGCUUGGGUUGGUUUGGAGAACCCAGUAGUGUAGAGGACUUCCUCCGUGCCAGAGGAGAAGAAAUUCAGAGAGGAUCUCAAGAUAGUUAUGAGCUGACAUUGGAGGAUUUGGCAGGGGGGAAACCCAAGUGAUUUGUGAAGAGGGUAUGGUGAGGAAAUAACAGUGUGGUUGCAAUCUUUGUCUUAACCUACCCUAAAAGAAGCAGUAAUUGGAAUACUUAAAUUUUGCUUUAAGUUAUCUGGAUGGAGAUGGCAUACAGAUCAAGCCAGGGUUUUAGCUGCCAUUGGAACUUGGGUGCAAUCCUAGUGGACAUAUUUUACAUGAAUUGUGCAUGAGAUGAGUGUUUUGUUUUUAUGCAGAUCGUGUCAUCAUCUCCUAACUUGUUAUUACAUAUAUGCAUGCUCAGUCUUCUAAUUUUAAUUCUCUCCCUUGAGUUUGUAGAUUCCACGGACACUUUUUCAUUCUAUAGGUAUCUUGUAAUUGAAUUGGUGGGAGUCUUCAGUCCAUGCAAAGAAAGAGCGAUUUGAAAAUAAAAAUUGCAAGUUGGCUGGUUGUUAAACAAAAACUAUUGAUGCAACUUGAGAUUGAAGCAUCAAUUGGGGUCCGAAGAUGCACUAAAGCCCCUGAUACACUAUGCUGUAAUUUUAGUUGCGUGUAUAUAUUUUUCUAUGGAGGGGGAAGUUUUGAUAUGCUUAUUUCCAUGUUCUGGGUCCAAUAAUACCGUGUUAAAAAGGGGAGAUGCAGACAGAAAUAGAUAUCUUUCUAGUUCCUAGGAAUCUAGUUUCCUUCAACAGGACAUGCAAUAUUUUCCUCCACGUUCCAUGGGUACAAUUUAAAUUUGCCAAUUCCGUUAUAUUAAUCUUU